UGUCACAACACUGUCAGAAAGAAUGUUUUUGUGUCUAUCGAUUUAUGGUGUUUGUGAUGUGCCAAGAAGGGAUUAGUGAAAAGGAUUAAGUCUCACCAUUUACAAAAUGACGGACUUAUCAAAUUGUACGAUUUUACUCCCAACGUGUCGUUUAUGCAUGGAAAGCACUUCCGAAACUUGUGCGCUAAUUCCAAUUUACGAAACAAAUGCAAAUUUUACCGGCCGCUAUUUCAACGGAUUCAAUGAAAAUAUUCCGGAAAUCAUUUCAUUGUGUGUCGGUAUUCAGAUUGAUCCCAACGAUGGUUUACCGACUGCGAUUUGCUCGUCAUGCCAAAAAUCACUCAUUUCUUCGCACACUUUUCGACAGAAAUGCCUUAAGGCGAAUACGUGGUUGUCACAGUUCAAGAUAAAAGUUGAGAACACUGACAGUGAGGGCCACACAAUCCAUGAUUCCGUUACUGCACCCUCAUUAGAAGCAGACACUUUCGAAGUCAAUCAGGUGAAGGAAGAGGACGAAAGCACAGACCAUGAAAGUGAAUCGGCUUCGUCGACGAACGAUUUAACAUUUAAUUCCAAUCAAAGCCAAAGUAUGACGGCCACUUCCCAAGGAGGAAUCAUCAAUCAGUCAAGGAAUGAUUUAAAUCUGCCCGAAAUUGACAACGAGUCUGCUUCCAAAACUUGUGUCAUUUGCGGCUUGAUUGUACAACGGCUACACGAACACUCGAAUGUGCAGAGAAAUUCAACAACGUCUCACAUCAAUUUUCCGAGUGCAACACCACGGCAAAAUUCAUCGUCUGCGACAGUCGAUUUCCUGAUGUGCCGAAUGUUCCACAAAAACAUGCGACAUUUCGUGAAAGUGAAAUUCCCCAGCAGCAAUGGUGUUCGUUUCAACGAUUUUCUACGAGCAGCUUCCGAAACCUUCAACUUCAACCCAUCAUCGUUCGAUCAUUUUGUGGACCAGGACGGAUACAUCAUUGAUAGCAAAGACUUUAUGAAUGUCAUUGCCAGUGAUGCCUACCGAAGUGGGUUUGCUGUUGGCGUUGUACUGCGAAAAGAUGAUGUCUUGAUGAAUGGGUCUCCAGUUGAUAGUGUUAAUCAAACGACAUUAACAUCACCAUACCGUUGUGUUGCAACCAUCCCACUCACCUGUACAACUAAUGUUGUCACACCGGCUGAGUGCGUUAGCACUGCAGUAUUUACAUCAACAUCGACUUUGUCCUCAUCUUCCGUUAUAACUGAUAAAGUUACAUCAGCAGAGAAUGUAACGACACCAUCUCAAGCGUAUGCUUCCAUUAGCAGAAUCAAUCCGGUGACGGCAGCCGAUUUGCAAGCGUAUUUGGUGAAGCGGAAGGGAUCGUAUCUAUUACAGGAAUACAGAGAGAAGUCAAUGUUGUCAGACAAGUCGCGGCGAUUUUUAAUCAACGCUGCCGUUGAUUUUCUGGAAGAAAAUUUUGGCAUCUACCCGAAACGGAUAUACAAGGAAGAGUUAGCUCAUGCCAUCGUCGAAUUAUUUCCCGCCUACAAAACCAAAAACAGUUCCAUCGGUGGAAUCGAUCUAUUCUUAAACGGUCGAACCGGCUACCUGAACAGUCGCCUGAAAAACUUGCAAAAUAAACGCCGAUCGGAAGAAGGAACCUCGGACGUAUCCAAUGGGAAAAAAGCGAAAAUUUCGAUGACGUUCGAUGACUGUCCCGAAGAAAAUGAAAUCGAAAACGACGCGAAUGUUGAAGAGAAUUUGAAAUUUCUGCGAAGUGCUGUCCCAUCGUACCAAUACGAUGAAAUUGAAUUCAAAUUGAGAUCGACAUUGAGGCGACGAAUUGAACUAACGUCGAACAAGCCGUCGGUUCAUUUGCGUAGCAGCUUUCCGUUCUUUUUCUCGGAUCCGUCGUUGAUAUCGUUCGACUACAAACUUCGUUAUCCACAGUUUGAGGAGAAUUUACAACCAGUCGUUGCAGCUAUCGAAACGAACGCCUUCCAAAUACUGAAGUCGCUCAAAAUCGAGGACAAUGCUUACGAUGAUUCAGACUGGCCACAUAUCAUACAAUGCUUUUUGUGUCUCUUAAAACUGUUGCCACCCACAGCAACUGGAAGGUAUUCAAAGACCAGACAGUCCUCCGACCAGAGAGUCAGCAGCUUCAUCUUAUUUACACGAGAUCACGUAUCAGACCGGACAUUAUUCGAGAACAUCGAUCCGUUCAUUGUGGCAUGCGGACCGAAUCGAUCUUCGAUACAUAAAUAUUUUGUUGUGGUCGACGGAUGUGUUAUUGACGUGCCAGCCGAAUGGAAUUUCGUUGAUGUGUUCGACCUGUUCUUCAAAGUACAUUUUGUGUUUAACGUGGACUACAACAACAAUUUGCGAACGUUUCUGCGGUUCUUCGAGAAAUUCGCUUACAAUCACAUCGGUGCAAAGAUUACCAAUCGAAUCCAGGAAAUUUCUACUCAACUGUUGCAUCAACACGAUGAAUUAAUGGCCAAAUAAAGAAAAUGAAAAGGAAAAA